AUGGCUAAUAUUCGUGUCAAUUCACCGAAUGUAUCACCCGAGUCGCAUAAGCUACUGAUACGCACCCAAGCUAAAUUGCCAAAAACAGGAGUGAUGCUUGUAGGAUGGGGCGGUAACAAUGGAACCACUUUUACCGCAGCUGUUCUAGCCAACAAGUUGAAACUGCAAUGGGAAACAAUCCGUGGAGUCCAGACUGCCAACUGGUAUGGCUCAAUCACCCAAGCAUCGACUGUGCUACUCGGCGUGGUGGGUAACGAGGAAGUAUACGCACCCAUGAACGCCUUGUUGCCGAUGAUCAACCCAGAUGACAUCGAAAUCGAUGGCUGGGACAUAUCAGACAUGAACAUUGGAGAUGCAAUGCACCGGGCUCAGGUUAUAGACAUCAACUUGCAGAAGCAGUUGAAACCUCAUCUGGAUAAAUUCGUACCGAGGAAAAGUGUCUACUACCCUGAUUUCAUCGCUGCCAAUCAGAAAGAACGUGCCGACAACCUAAUGACUGGUUCAAAAUCCGAGCAAUUGGAUAAAAUCCGUGCGGAUAUAAGAGAUUUCAAAUCGUCAAAGAACUUGGACAAAGUGAUAGUCCUUUGGACAGCAAAUACCGAAAGGUUCUCAGAGAUUCUACCCGGCGUUAAUGACACGGCCGACAAUCUUCUGAAGUCAAUUACCGAAAAUCAUUCCGAAGUAAGUCCCAGUACUUUGUUCGCCGUAGCUGCUGCCUUCGAAGGCUGUACUUAUAUAAACGGAUCCCCGCAAAACACCUUCGUGCCCGGUAUGAUCGAACUAGCAGAGCGUAAGAAUGUUUUCAUCGCUGGUGAUGAUUUUAAAUCCGGCCAGACUAAAUUAAAAUCAGUAUUGGUAGACUUCUUGGUGACUGCUGGAAUAAAACCAGUGUCUGUUGUCAGCUACAAUCACCUUGGCAACAACGACGGCUACAAUUUGUCAGCACCUCAGCAGUUCAGGUCCAAGGAAAUAUCCAAAAGCAAUGUGGUUGAUGAUAUGGUAUCAUCUAACAGAAUAUUGUACAAACCUGGAGAGAAGCCUGAUCACUGCGUGGUGAUUAAAUACGUACCGUAUGUUGGCGACAGCAAGCGAGCGAUGGAUGAAUACACUUCUGAAUUAAUGCUGGGCGGCCAUAACACCAUCGCUGUUCACAACACGUGCGAAGAUUCGCUUCUAGCGACGCCGAUUAUCUUAGAUUUGAUAAUUUUAGCCGAGUUAUGCGCAAGAAUUUCAAUUAAACGUGUUAGUGAUUACACUGACGCUAGCAAUGAUGGUUUCAUUAAUUUCCGCAGCGUACUGUCGCUACUGUCGUACUUGUGCAAAGCGCCUUUAGUUCCUGCUGGCGCUCCAUUGGUUAAUGCGCUGUUCAGACAACGUGCGGCUAUCGAAAAUGUUUUAAGGGCUUGUUUGAGUCUACCUCCAAAUAAUAAUAUGAUGCUUGAACAUCGUUUUCAGUUUUAA